AUGAUCUCUCUCAUCAAAACUGUUGUUGGUAGCGUGGCUGCACUCGGCGCUCAUGGUCAGCAGCACGGUCUUCUGCACAGCCACUUCAGAGUUCUCACAGCUGGAUUGAAGACAUUAGAAAUCCCCCCUGACUACAGUGAUGUGGUGCUGCCAGAGAAACCCAAACUGAAGUUUCUGAACAAGGUGCCCAAUUUUAAAAAAGCUAGAAAGGAGAUGAAGAAACUGUGGGAUAUUCAAGGGCCGGCUAAGGCAGCAAAUACCUUCACGUCUGGACAGUAUGCAAUUGUGGCAAUGGGAGGGGGCUACCUUAAAUGGGGCCACUUGGAGAUGAUACGUCUAACCAUCAGCCGCAAGAUGGAUUCCCGUACCACGUUUGCUCGCUGGCGCAUCAAUGCCCCAUACAAGCCAAUCACGCGAAAAGGGCUCGGUCAACGCAUGGGUGGAGGCAAAGGAGCCAUCGACCACUACGUGACACCUGUCCGCUUUGGCCGCCUCAUUGUGGAAGUGGGAGGAAAGGUGGAGCUUGGAGAAGUCGAGCAUAUAUUGAUUGAAGUAGCAAAGAAACUUCCCUUCCCUGCUAAGGUGAUGAGUAGAGAGAGCUUAGAAGUCUUCCAAAAGACUCAAGCUGAUAUGGAGGCGAACAACCAGAACCCAUGGACCUUCAAGAGGAUUGUUGAAGGAAACAUGCUUGGUAUCAGGAAGGUGCUCAGCCCGUUUGACCUGAAGAAUCAUGGACGCUUCACAGGGAAAUUUUACAACCCAGGGAGGGUGUAA